CUGCCGGCUGCUUUCUCCGCCGCCUCCUUUUUCAGUGCGCCCAGGCUGGUGCUAGGAGGAGCUCGAACAGAGCAGGGAGACAACCGACCUUUUGGCAGCAAAUGGCUUUUCCACAGGAGACAACGCACGGGACUCAAGAGUUCUCCUUUCUGCCUGUUACUCGGGCUUUGCAGCCCCCUCUCUUCGGCCCGGCUGGAGCUGCGCAGAGCUGGUGGCAGCGUGUCCGUAGCCAGAUCCUUCUCAUGGGCGCUCCGUAGCUCAGCAGCCGAGGGAAGGAAAGGCGUCUGCAGCAGCCGGAAGAGUUUGGGAAACCAUUUUAGGGAGACUUUCUGAAGAUUCUUGUAUGUGUGACAGGUCCUAAACUGGAACAGAUCGGACAAAGCGGUUUCCUUCUCCCUCAUAUCCCGCUGUGGAUUAUUGAAGAAACUUCACUUGUGGGGGAGUUUGGCUAGGUUUCUGCCUACGGCGCUGGAGGUUUUAGUGCCCCGUUUGGGUGAUUCCCUCGCAUGAAAGUAGCGCCUCUCUGGUAUCGUUCUAGGUCUCUGUCCUCAAGCCUCAUGUUACCAGGAGGGGCCUCUGUUAUGAGUUGUUUUUGUUUCUAUGGGGAAACGUAAUGAGCUGUUCCACUCCUCAUGACGGGGAAAUCUGCCUUGAGCUUUCUGUAUUCGUGGAAGGGGGGAGUCCUGUUUACAUCAUGUUUGCCAGGAAGUAAAACCAGCAAGAGAAAAGAAAUGAGCCGUCAGACUGCUACAGCACUACCUACAGGUACUUCAAAGUGUACACCAUCACAGAGGGUGCCUGCUCUGACUGGCACUACAGCUUCCAACAAUGACUUGGCAAGUCUUUUUGAGUGUCCUGUGUGUUUUGACUAUGUGCUGCCACCUAUUCUUCAGUGUCAGAGUGGCCAUCUUGUUUGUAGCAACUGUCGCCCCAAGCUUACAUGCUGUCCAACUUGCCGAGGCCCACUGGGUUCCAUUCGUAACUUGGCUAUGGAAAAAGUUGCCAAUUCUGUACUGUUCCCAUGUAAAUACGCCUCUUCUGGAUGUGAGAUAACUUUGCCACACACAGAAAAAGCAGACCAUGAAGAGCUGUGUGAGUUUAGGCCUUAUUCAUGUCCAUGUCCUGGUGCUUCAUGUAAAUGGCAAGGUUCGCUGGAUGCUGUAAUGCCACAUUUGAUGCAUCAGCAUAAGUCAAUAACAACACUACAGGGAGAAGAUAUAGUUUUCCUUGCUACAGACAUUAAUCUUCCUGGUGCUGUUGACUGGGUUAUGAUGCAAUCUUGUUUUGGCUUUCAUUUCAUGUUAGUCUUGGAGAAACAGGAAAAAUAUGAUGGUCACCAGCAGUUCUUUGCUAUUGUACAACUGAUAGGAACACGCAAGCAAGCAGAAAAUUUUGCUUAUCGACUUGAGCUUAAUGGUCAUAGGCGGCGAUUGACUUGGGAAGCAACUCCUCGAUCUAUUCAUGAGGGAAUUGCAACAGCCAUUAUGAAUAGUGACUGUCUAGUCUUUGACACCAGCAUUGCACAGCUCUUUGCAGAAAAUGGCAAUUUAGGCAUCAAUGUAACUAUUUCAAUGUGUUGAAAUGGCAAGCAAACAUUUUCAGGCCAGUGUUUAAAACAGUUGCAUUUAAUUUUGCAGAAACUAGGGUAACUAUCUUUGACUGCCAGACACAAACUAUUUGGUAGAGGGAGGCUAGACGUAUAUGAAGGUAAAUAAAAGGAAAGGCUGUUAAAUUGCAGGAAGCAGUUGCAUGUAGUAACACUAAUAUAUUUAAAAUAAGUCAACAGUAAACCACUGAAAAUAUAUAUACACCCCAAAUGGGCAUCUUUUGUAUUAAGAAUUGAUUCUACAGGAAAUGUUGUAAAAUAGUUCUAAAAACUUGUUUGUAGAUUGAUUGUACUGUUGAAAAGGAUACUGUUGUGUUUUUUUGUUUUUUUUCCCUUUGACUGACAAGCCAUGUUGAGCAGUCUGGUCUCUUGCCGCUGCUUUUUCCCCUUAAGUCACUACAUAGUAUUGCUGCUGUUUGUGUAUAUUUUUUGUGUAUUUGCUAAUUUUUAUUAACUUCUAGUUUUUCAUUAAAUAAAUGACUUUCUUUUCUGUAAUUCAGGUUUUCCUCCUUUUUGUACCUUUUAAAAAUUAAUUGCAGGUGUCAUCUUUUGAUAUGCAUAAUUGCUUAUGGUAAAACUUAUACUUCUGUACAUUUGGUAAAUUAGUCUUUUCCCAGUAGUCCAUUCAUUGGUGAUACUGUUCUUAAUUCAGCUAUUUUGUGAAUGUAUUCAACUCUAAAGAAGCAAUUACAUUGGAAGAAUUAUCAGAAAAACGGCUCCUUUAAAAACAGACCUAGAUGAUGAUGUACUUUGUUAUACCUUCAAACAGAAGUGAGGAGUUAUUGGGUAACAUCCUAAUUAAAAAAACUGAAAAUGCAGGCACACUUUAAAAAUUUAGAAACUUCAGCCACAAACUCAUGCUUGUAUUUUGGUUUUGCAGUACAAGAAGGCAUUGUCUUAUGCAGUAUUUGUAACUAUAAAAACAGACCAUUUAAAAAAAAAGGCAGUCUCAGAAAACAAUGUUUUUGGUCUUUUAUAAUUUUGUCAUUAAAAGAAUACCU